AUGGAUGAGACCAUUUCUGUAGCACGUGCGGAAGCUGUGCCCUCAGAAUGUGAUAAAACAAUACCGGAUUCUUCACAGGAAAAUGACACUGUCGGAUCUAGCAAAGAGAUAUUUUGGCAAAUGCUGGCACAACUUGGUUUGACUCGCAAAUACCCAGGUAAAAUAACAAUCAAAGACAUUAUUAAAGUAGAUGCAAGCGAAUGGAAUGAGAAAGAACAUGGAACUCUUUGUCCAACUAAAAUUCCAUGGUUAAUCCUUAAACGAUUGAUAAGUUCGCAUAGUGAAUCAAGGGAUAUAUCGGUAACUAAUGAACCCAAUUUAAAUAGCGUCAUUGAUAUAGAAAAUAAUAUGACAUUUUUAUCUGACAAGCCUCAUGAUAAACAAGACAUAAGUCGUUUAGAUGCUUUUUUUAUUGUUUUUCAAUGUUGUGAUCCAUUCUUGAAACAAGUCCUUGUACAAAAACUGUUUCUUUGUAAAAUCGCAGUACCAUUUUUGUAUAAAUAUUGGGAAACUAAAGAAAAGCAAGUUUCAAUACUUUCAGUUUGGCCUUUGCGGUCUUUAACAAUACAAAAUAACCAAACAAAAGACGGCAACACUAAAGUUCAAUGUAAAGAUAUUGAAAUUCUUGAGCUUCCAACAAAAAUGAUAGCUUUUGGGAGAAUGGGUCGACCCAACUAUUCAAAAUCAAAAUUGAUGAAUAGUAUCCUUUCGGAUCAUGGAUGUAAAACCUUUUACAAUUUUGACUGCAAUUCUGGAAUGACAGAAAGACAAUUAAGUAAUGGACAUGUUGAAAUAUUUUGGUUGCCGUUAAUUGGGGAUAAAAAAGAUAGAUUUCAAGAACCAAUGACAUUUUUGAACUUAAGAGGUGAUUUACAACAACAUUUUGAUGCAGAAAUUAUAACUUUUAUUUCAACCUUUGUGGAUACUCUCACAAUAAUAGUUGAUAUUGAAACUAUUUUAAAGAGGCGUAGAAAUGUAACUGAUGUUCUCCUGAAAUUUUCGUCAGUAAUAUUAAUUAUUGCAAACCCAAUAAAACAUGAAACAACCCAUGCACAGGCAGUAAAUGAGUUUAGGGAAAAUGUUUUGAAAUAUAAAUCAAACAUGAAUCUCCGUGUUUUGAGUACACAUAAUGAAAUUAGAAAACGAAACGUUGUCGAAAUGGUCUCCUUUAUAUCAGUACAUAUAACAGACCAAUUGAAGUCAAAAUGCACUAAAUCAUAUCAGGAACGCUUACGCAAAGCACACCUACGAAUAAGAAUAGAUGAAAAAGACGAAAACUGUCAAAUAGGUAAGCAAAAAUCUAAUGAAAUGAUAAAGCAAAUGAAUAGUGAGUGUCUAUCGUGUUCUUGGAAGCAAAAUCUGACACCAGUUCAUAGUAAAUAUUCAAAAAAACUAGGUAAACUUAUCAAAAAGCGGGAAAGGGAAAAAGGCUUUGAAGGGGGCAACGCUAUUGAUGCUAAAAUUAAAAAUAUAAGAGAAGUUCAAAUAAUGUCAAUUACGAAAUCAGUUAAACUUUUUAUUAAAAUGCUUAUAAAGCAUGGAAAUAAUCUUCAUGUUCUGAAGUAUUUUCUUUGCUGGUUACAUAUUGAUAUCGCAAGAGAAAAGCAACAAUCUUUGCCUGAAUUAAUGAAAAAAAAUCAACAAGCUUGGAUAAAUUUAAAACUUCUUAAAAGCAAUGAAAAUCAAGAUAAAUCUAACAUAGAAAAGCAAGAAAAUAUCAUAAAAGAACUAGAAAAAAGAAUAGAUGAAGCAUCAUUUUCUAUAGAUCAUUUCUUUCGUGAAAUAGGACAUAUUAAUGAGGCAAUCUUACAACUAGAAAAAGACUCUGCUACAUUAGAAUUGCCUCCAUUAAGUCAAAUGUCCAGCAUUAUUGCUCGUCUUGUUGCUGAUGGACACCAAUUAGAACUCAUAGAUGGAGAAAGCUUUUAUAUGCCUUAUAAAUGGAUAAAAGCUGUAAUCAACGACGUUGAUCAAUACAUUGGAGCCGGCAAGGCCCUUGCACUCAGCGUAUUAGGGUUGCAAAGCUCUGGAAAGUCAACUUUUUUAAAUACUAUGUUUGGUUGUCAGUUUUCAACCCGAACCGGCAGGUGCACAAGGGGUAUUCAUGCACAACUGAUACCUGUUGAUACCGCUAAAUUGAAAAAUAGAUUAUCAGAUUACAAUUUUAUUUUUGUUAUUGACACAGAAGGUCUGCGAUCACCUGAAUUAAGUAAUAUUCGUCAUGAACAUGAUAAUGAGUUAGCAACUGCAAUAACUGGAAUAGGAGAUAUAACACUGGUAAAUAUAAUGGGGGAAAAUACGAGCGAAAUACGUGAUAUACUUCAAGUAAUUGUCCAUGCAUUGCUUAGAUUGAAAAUGACAAAUAAAGACUUAGACAUAAAGAAAAGCUGUUGUUUCAUUCAUCAAAAUGUAACAGAUACUUCUGCAUCCGAAAACAUGAUGACAGGUCUAAAUAAAUUGAUUCAAACUCUGGAUGAAAUGACUGAGGAAUCAGCAAAAAGCGAAAACAUUAAAAAUAUAACUACCUUCAAUCACGUGAUUGAAUUUGAUAUAAACUCUCAAGUAUGGUAUCUUAAAAACCUAUGGCAAGGUAAUCCUCCUAUGGCCAGAGUUAAUACAGAAUACAGUGAAAGGGUAAUGGAAAUUAAGUCCAGUAUCUUAAAAAAAGCAUUUACAAUAAAAGAUAAAUCCUACAAAUCUUUAAACGAUAUAACUGAACAUGCAUAUAACAUAUGGAAAGGUGUUCUGAAUGAGGACUUUGUAUUCUCCUUUAGGAACAGCAUUGAAAUCAAAGCCUAUAAUGCAAUGGAACGUUUUGUUCAAGAUCAACUUUUUCAUCUAGAAAUCCUUAUAAGAGAUAAGAUUUUGAAUUUUUCUCAAAAAAGAUUUGCAAGUUGUAAUCAGGGAGAUAAUUUAUCAAGAGAAGAAGACAUUCUUAAUUCAGAUUUAAAAGAAGUACUGCUUGCUGAAAAGAUAAAAUGCGAGAGAGUUGUCGAAGAAUAUUUCAAAAAAGACAAAUACAAAGAUAUUAUCAUUCAAUGGCAAGAAAAUCAAGUAUUUCGUUUAAACAAAUUAUGUGAAACAUUGGAACAAUCAAUUACUAGCCAAAUAAACAAAGAUCUUGAGAAAAGGGCAGUAGAAAUUUUGACUGUGACAUGUCAAGCGGAGCAUGAAGAGGAACUCCGGAGAAUGUCAAUGAAAAUUGCUCUUGAAAAUCGAGGUAAAACAUUAAGCAGACCAGAAAUAGAUAAACUUUUCGAUAGUAUCUGGGAAACAUUUGUAACGAGAGUAAAAAACCUCCCCUCUAAUGUAGAGAAAAAUAGAAAAAAGACGAUCGACAUGUUUUAUACUUGUCUUAAGAAUACGUAUAAGAGCAAUCAAUUGGCGUUGAGAGACGCUUUGACAAAAAGCAAUCGCUUGACACCAUUGCCAAAUUUAACAACUUUAAAGGGAACAUUCAAAUGCACAGGUAUUGAUAAAAACGAUAUCAGCUUAUCAAAAUGGCAAACGAUCAAAGAUGUUGUUCGAUCAUAUGUAAAGGAGAAUAUUGAACCCGAGGCAAAUGAAGAAUUUGAAAGAGUUGACAAAGAAAUUGAACGAAUUUGUCAAGUUAGAGAAGAAAUAACGGAGAAUACAAUAAAUAAAUUUCUGCGUGACGUUAAUUUAAACUUAAAAAAGAAGUUUAAAGGGAAUAACGAUCGUGAAUUUCAAAUGUCUUUCUAUGAGAAAUUUCUUGUACAUGUUAUUAGGCAUGCACAUGUGGUUUUCGAGAAACAUAAUGACAACUAUUUUAAAACUUAUGGUGUAGCUGCUCGUCUAACAAGCUAUAAAAAACAACAGAAAAUUAAAUUCGAGGCUCAUCUAAGGCGCCGUUUCACAGAAGAUGAUGUCUCAAAAUUGUUUACCAGCGUCAUCGAAAGUUUUGCUGAAGAAUGGACAACAAUAGCGCUUCCAAAUAGAGUAACUGAUGACCUUUAUGCUUAUCUUCCUUCAGUGAAAAAUAGAGCUAUAAUUGAAAUAUGCUCUGAUCUUUUGGAAAAAGACGAGUUCGAUAAUUUCAUCAGAUACAUACGUACUCCCAGAGAUUAUGCAAGUUCAUGGAUAACACAUAAGGCUAAUCAUUUUCUAUUUGCACCAGAAUCAAUGUUAUACGCCAAAAUAUCAUCAUCUUUACUACGUUCUUUCUUUCUUUCUGCAAAGGAGUGCAUAGAAAAAAUACGCAUGAAAAACAAAAGUCAAUCAUUCAUUUCCAUGAAUGAAUGGGUUAAUAUUUUUCAGAUCUUAAUGAAAGAGUCAAGUUUCUUUAUUCCAUCAGAAAAUUUCAGAAGUAUGAAGAGAGAAACGGAGACUACAUUAAAUUUGGAAUACCUUACAUAUAAAGUUUUAGAUAGUUUGAAGGAAACAGAAGCGGAUCUUGUGACCCAUUUUAAUGAAGUGGAUAGUGGUUCUGUGCAAUGGGAAAAUUCGAGUCCUAUUGGGCGUUUAAUACAAAAGAUAUGGGGAUGUCAGGAACAGUGUCCAUUUUGCGGUGAACCAUGUACAAAAAAUGAAGAUCAUACAGACUCUGAUCACAACUGCAUGCAACAUCGACCUUUAUGCUGCAUCGGCAUUCGCUUUGUUGGUUCUCAAAUUGCAGAACUAGCAUCGUGUGAAUUUAAUGUACAAACGGAUAUUACUCAUCGUUGUGAAGUAUUUGAUUACAAAUGCAACAAUGGAAAAAGAGAACCAUGCAGUAAAGAAUGGCAUCCUUACAAAGAUUACAAAACAAUCCUAGAUGAAUGGUAUAUAGCUCCAUCUGCUAAUAUGCAAGACACCUGCAGAUAUUGGAUGUGGUUUGUGGCGACCUACAAAGACAGGCUGCUUGACAAGUAUCAGUAUAAGUUCGAUGAUAUACCCUCAUCCUGGAAAGAUAUAACAAAAUCUUCGGCAUUAAAAAGCCUCUCUGAAACGUAUUCUGUAUGAUUAUGGUAGCUAGUAGUCGGUAGAAAUAAAGAAAACUCCAGUUCAGUUAAAACGCAACACAAUGCGCACAAUGUUGUUAAGUACUCUAGUAGUGUUAUUCAACAAAAAGAAAGGAUAAAAACACAGUAUUUGCCAUAAGUUAUUACUUAGUGAUUAUUUUCUCUACAAAAUCUUUAAAUAAAAUCACAGGACUGUUAAAUGGCCACAGGUUAUAUAUGCGAUUUAUACAUGAAUUUAAUCUAUGUAAGAUUAAUAAUGGGUUUUAAAAAAAUAUUUUUGGUCAAAGUCUUUAUACUUAACAUGUAAAGGUCAGUAAAUCGUAAAUCCGACAAAUAUUUAGAAAAGGGCUGUUUAAAUUAUUGUUGUUUAAAAAUGUUGAUGAAAUAAAAAAAAAUCAUAACAUAUAAUCAUUGAGGUCGUUGCCGUUAAACCAACUCACCAUCUCACCAUUGCGGUUUCGAAUCCCGACAGGGACUUUGAAUUCAUUCAUGUGAGAAAGCUAUCCAGCGUCGGUGGUUUACUCAGGUGCCCGUUCGUACCUGCAUAAUGUACGGAAGGGCACCUGAGUGAGGUCUUCCUCCACAAGUAAAGCUGGAAUGUCGCCAUAUGACAAUCGGUGCGACGUUAAACCCAAUGAAACAAACAUACAAUCGUUGAAAAUACUAGAUAUUGAUAUAUUUUUAUGUGUCUGUUUAUGAUAGUAUUUGUAUAAUUAAUUUUUGUUAGUUUGAAUAAGAUGAAGUAGAAAAUAAAUUGUGUUACGUUAUUUUAAAUGUACUUGGCGUCAUUAUAUAACCGCUUGCUUUUGUGAUUUUAAGAAAUCUUUAUAAUGCUUAUGGGAUUAGAUUGAUGGGAUUCAUAUCGUAUGUCGGUAUAUAUUUACCGCUAUUUUUUACCAUAUGAAUCCGUUUUCGUUAUUUUUUAGAUUUAUCACGUAAUUUGGACUUUGUCAUAUAAUGUGACUUUUAAUUGAUAUUUUUCAUUUAUGUAUUUAAGUAAAGAAAUGAUUGUCUAAAUCGUGUAUAUAAAGAAGCAAAUAAACAUGUUCCUUUCAUGAAAUUGAGUAUUGAUACUAGCAUCAUGUGCAUCGCAAAAUCACUUAUAUUGCGACAAUCUAUUUGUUUUGACUAUUGUACAUUGUUAUCUACAGUAAGAAUGUGCGAUUUGGAAAGUAUCUGGUUUAUGUUGUUUGCUUUUAAAAUUGUUUUAUCUCAUGUAUGUGUUAAUCUGCUUUAUAAUGUGUCAAUGUUUUUUUAAAUAAAUGAUCAAAACAUUCAGUUGAAAAUAAUUAUAUGAUUAAUUCAGGUUUCUGUUUUGCUGAAACUUUAAAAGACACAAAUUCGUAUUUUUUCGUAUCAAAACAGACACUUUUUGUGAUUCCCUACAAUGUAUAUGUUUUACUAAGAUAGAUUAUUUCUAUUUUUGUAUUUUUAUUUUGAACCUAGUAUGUUUUUUAUUACGCUACUUUAUAUAGAGUAAUAAUAACACGGUGGUUUACAGUGGCACAAGGGUGACAUGUGUGUAUUGUUAUUUAUCUUGUGCGCACGAGUUACUAAGUCGUGGCCACGAGAUAGUUAAGUCGUGGGAACGAGAUACUAUGUCGUGGCCACGAGUUACUAAGUUGUGGCCACGAGAUAAUUUAGUCGUGGGCACGAGAAACUAUGUCGUGGCCACGAAUUAUUAAGUCGUGGAAACUAGGUAACUAAGUCGUGCGCGCAGGAGAUAAAUAACCAAUUAGAAUACACUCUUUAUAUUAUGAUUGUUUUAAACUUAACAACUGACUUUUAUAUGUAACAUUAAUCUUUGAAAAUACUAAAGAUGUUCACUUUGAACUUGUCUUAAGGAUCAUAUUAGAAAGUCACCUUCCAAGGCCCAUCAGACAUUAAUUUUGACUAUAACCCUUUGUUGGUACAUUUUUGUGAUCCAAUUGGUCAGUUUGUACGUACUACGGCCUGUUAACCUUGUUUAAACGAUAAAAUGAAAAGGAAUAAGUCCUGGUUUAUUUUAUUUGGUAGGGACUUUGCCAAUGGACAGUAGAUAGCCUAUGAGGAUGUUUCAGGUCAAGGGGUCAAUGUAACCAUGACACUUCAUGUAAAUUUCUUGUCUGAUGAAUAAUUAAGAAGGGAUAAGCCACGGUUUAUAUAACCCAAAAAGAUCAUUGCACCUGAUCAGUAGAUGACAUCUAAUAAAUUCGAUGGUAUUGUGUCAAAAAUCAGGAUCACAGUGAUGCUAAAUGUAAAAGUAGUGACAAGUCAAUAACUUGUAAAAAAUGGCACUUUUACAGGCAGGUGAAGUAGGGUCGGCCAUAAUUGUACCAUAGCACAUAUCUAGUUAAAAGGGACAAUUCAUAUAAAUGAUGUUAUCUGAUUGGUUAUUUAUCUCGUUCUCACAACUUAGUUACUCUUGGCCACGACAUAGUAUCUCGUUCCUACGACUAAACUAUCUCGCGGCCACGACUUAGAAACUCGUGGCCACGACAUAGUAUCUCGUUCCCCCUUCUUAUUUAUAUCGUGGCCACGACUUAGAAUCUCGAGGCCACGACAUAGUAUCUCGUGCGCACGAUAUAAAUAAAAACACACCCAUGUUAACUUUGUGCCACCGAAGUGGUUUCGUUAGUGUAUAGAGACAAUAAUGCCAAUUUUUAUUUUAAAUAUCUAGCUGUUUUGGUCCCCCAAUAUGACGUACAUAAAAACUGGAGUUUUUAUAUUUUUAAGUGCAAUAAUUGUUUUCCCUUCUACUUUGUUCAACAAAAGUGUUUUUGUUUUUUUCAAAUUAUGUUUUAACUAUUUAUUAAUCAAUCGCAACUGUUCGGCCCUUUCCGUCAGUCUUCGGAUUAGGACCUCGAACACAAUAGUAUGAACACACAGAACGGAUACAGUAUUUCGGUCGUACUUACGCUAAGAAACUAGACAUGUAAAAAAUGGUAAUUUAAUGCUGGGAGUUGUUGACAAGUUUAUUUACAAUAUAUCGAGUAAAUGCCCACCUAAAAUAAGUGAAUUCAUAGAUACAAAAGCAAACAAUACAUUAUUUGUAUAUUUAUUAUUAUGGUUGCAGAAACCGAAAGUACAAAAUGCCAACCUGUUGACAUCCAGUCGCAUGUGUUUAAAAUCGUACAUCAGUGGGCAUAUUCAAAUAUUUUCAAUCAAAAUUGUACCGAAACAAACUUAAUUUUCUUUUGGAUGUCAAUUAUAUGAUCAUUCCUUUUACAUCUUUCUCUUUUUAUGUUUACAUCUGAAACCACGUGGUAUAACUACUUUCACUCCGUAUUGUUUCCGAGGGUAUUAAAGAUAUGUCCGAGGCAGUUCCAAUCGUAUAUUAAUUAGAUAUUAUGUUAGAAAGACUAUUGAACGAAUAUAUGCGUAUACAGUAGAAACACUUUAAAGUGUUUGAACGUGAUUAUACAUAUUGUUUGAACAUGUUUAUACUUAAUGACCAAAAUAGACUUUGAUCAUCAAAAGAUAAAGUGAUAAAAGUAUCCAAAAUUAUGACUACCCUGCAUUCAACACCGCUUUGGAUCAGUCCCAUCAGUGGUCUUAAUAGAGGUUGUUUUUACUGCAUUGUGAAACCGUGCUUAAGUGUUGGUGUUUCUUUUUUUUUUUUUUUUUUUUUUUUUCGUUCUUUAG